UUUUUUUUUUAUUUCCUAUUUCUAACUCUAGUCUUUGCAUAUAUUAUGUCUCAUCACCCUGCUUAUACAAUGUCAGCACUUUGUGUUGUUGGUGGCAUUACUGGUUAUUCCCGUACUCGCUCCAUUCCUUCUUUAGUAGCUGGUAUUAGUGUUGGUGCUUUGUAUGGUGUUGCUGGAUACAUUAUAAAAGAAAACCGGGAUUAUGGUCAUGAACUUGCUGUUGGUGCUUCAACUAUUUUGGCCAUUUCUUCUAUUCCCCGUGCUAUCAAGACAAGAAAACCUGUUCCAAUUGCUCUUGCCAUUACUUCUCUUGCUGCUGGUGCUUAUUACACGAAAAAAGUCAUUGAUUACGCUUAGAUAGAUCUUGAUGAUUAUUAUUCUUAAUAAAUAUAUAUAUAUAUUUAAAUAUAUCUUUCACUAUUA